AUGGAGUCACCCACCAGCAGUGUUGUGGGAGCGAAGAGGGGUCGUGGAGGGUGUGAUGUGACAGGCACCUGUGGAGGGGCUGGGGUGGAGCAGCAUGGAGGACCCGGAGACGGAUGUUUUGUUGGAGCCGGGGCGACCAUAUUGGCCGUGGUGGUGGCAGUAGUGGUGGUGGUGGCGGGCGUGGGAGGGACCAGCGCAGGGCUGGAGGGGUGCCCAACAGGCGGAACGGCUUUCACGUGCACGGGAGGUCUCCUCACUGCGUCAGAGCGCUGA